UGUCCUACAUUCAUCUCCAGGUCUCAGUCAUAAUUCUGUGCGCUGCCCUUGCAGAAUAUUAAUGUGUAACGAUGUUGUUGACUGUGCGUUGGGCUGUGUCUAACAUUAUUAGACACCCGGAAUCUCCUCGGCUCGAAUAAAGAGACGUUUUUAUGGAGGGACAUUUCUAUAAAAAAGAGAAAACAAUGAGGCCUAAUAGGAAAAAUUAGGAAAAAGUGUCAAGCUGAGGAAUUCAACACACAGCAGGCAUGUCUUCUCAAAUGCAGGCGUUUUCCUCUCCCUCCGUGUCCUCCAGUGGCCUGUCCCGCUCCAAGAAACUGAAGUUGGAAAACCAUGCAUGGAACGUGAGCAGCCAAUCAGGUGACAGCAGCUACUACCAGCACAGCCCAAACCAGCCGAAUGGCUCCUCCCCCUCCACAUCUGGAUUCAACCCCAAUUACAACUCCUCCAGCCUGGUCUUUCCUCCUUCUGGAGGCUCGCGGGAACAGACAGUGGUACGUGCCGCAGACAGCACCGGCAGCGUCCCGGAGCCUUCAUCAUCCUCAUCAUCAUCCACAUCCAGUCAGCGUGGAAAAGAUGCGGGCUCCACCUCUCUGACAUGUGAGGGCUAUCAGAGACAGGGCAGUCUGAAGCGGAAGAGCGAGGAGGUGGACAGCAGCGACAGCGUGCAGAUUUUGGAGGAGCUGUCGGCUCCUGUGCUCCCCAACCGUGUGGCCGGAGGUGGAGGCAACGCCACGGCUCAGUCCAUCGCUCAUUCCACAUCCACCACCAAAAGCAGCAACUCCCACAGUGAGGGCGACUACCAGCUGGUGCAGCAUGAGAUCCUCUGCUCUGUCUCCAACAGCUACGAGGUUCUGGAGUUCCUCGGCCGGGGAACAUUCGGACAGGUCGCGAAAUGCUGGAAGCGUGGAACUAAUGAGAUCAUGGCCAUUAAGAUUCUCAAGAAUCAUCCGUCAUAUGCCCGCCAGGGUCAAAUAGAGGUGAGCAUCCUCAGCCGUCUGAGCACAGAGAAUGCAGACGAGUUCAAUUUUGUGCGCUCUUACGAGUGCUUCCAGCACAAGAACCACACGUGUCUGGUGUUUGAAAUGCUGGAGCAGAACCUCUACGACUUCCUCAAGCACAGCAAGUUCAGCCCAUUGCUCCUCAAGUGUAUCCGGCCGGUCCUGCAGCAGGUUGCCACGGCGCUGAUGAAGCUGAAGAGUCUGGGUCUCAUCCACGCUGAUCUGAAGCCUGAGAACAUCAUGCUGGUGGACCCCAUCAGACAGCCCUACAGAGUCAAAGUCAUUGACUUCGGUUCAGCGAGUCACGUCUCGAAGGCGUUGUGCUCAACCUACCUGCAGUCUAGAUACUACCGAGCUCCUGAGAUCAUUCUGGGCCUUCCGUUCUGUGAGGCCAUUGACAUGUGGUCACUAGGUUGUGUCAUUGCUGAACUGUUUCUGGGCUGGCCUUUGUAUCCGGGAGCCUCAGAAUAUGAUCAGAUUCGGUACAUUUCCCAGACUCAAGGUUUGCCAGCUGAGUAUCUCCUGAGCGCCGGCACUAAAACCAGCCGUUUCUUCCACAGAGGCCCAGACUCCAGCUACCCUCUCUGGAGACUCAAGACUCCCUCAGAGCACGAGGCAGAGUUUGGGAUAAAGUCCAAAGAGGCUCGCAAGUACAUUUUCAACUGCCUUGACGACAUGAUGCAGGUCAACAUGACUAACCUGGAGGGCACAGACAUUUUGGCAGAGAAGGCUGAUCGGAGGGAGUUCAUUGACCUGCUGAAGAAAAUGCUAACUCUAGAUGCAGAAAAGCGGAUCACGCCUACUAAGACCCUUAACCACCCGUUUGUGACGAUGGCUCACCUUCUUCACUUCCCACACAGCUCACAUGUGAAGUCCUGCUUCCAAAACAUGGAGAUCUGCAAGCGCAGGUGUACCGCCUUCGACAACAACAAGAACCUGUUCGCCAGCCACAAUGCUCCCAGCGCAGCCGCCAACCUCACCGUCACCUUCAGCAGUCAACUCAAUCAGCACAGUCAGAUGGCCUCCACGGGCGGCCAGUCCCUGUCUCUUAGCAGCAACGUCCCUCUACUGAACUACCAGCCUGGUCUGUACCAGCAGGCCACUAUAAAUAUACCAGGCUUGGCUCAGCAGAGUGUGCCAUUGCAGGCUCGCCCUACUCAGCUGUGUGCCCAGACAGAGCCCUUCCAGCAAACCCUCAUUGUGUGCCCUCCUACCAUCCAGGGGCUGCAGACCUCCAGUAAACACGCUGGAUAUCCAGUGAGAAUGGACAACUCUGUACCCAUAGUGCCCCAGAACCAGUCUACCCAGCCUCUACACAUUCAGCCCAGCAUGCUCACACAGUUCCUCCACACAUCCCUCUAUCCCUUCCCCAACCAGAGCAGCAGCACGCCUCUGACGGUGGCCUCCCUGCGCCUUCCAGUGGCGGGAAUGACGCCGCUGGCCUUGGGCUCUCGGUGUCUGGAGCAGAGUGCCACCAUGCUGCAGGGCUGGCCAGCAGGGACCCAGCAGAUCCUCAUUCCCUCUUCAUGGCAGCAGAUGUCAGGCAUGACCAUGCACAAUCCCAGCCAGCCUGUGCUGACCAACUCACCCAUGGGCUCUCUGCUCUCGGACAAUACCACCCAACAGAACAGUAGCUGGAGGGGUCGACAUGGAGGUCAGUGCGAUGGUAAGCAGCAGGGCUCUGCACAGGGGCGUAACGUGAGCACACAGCCCUCCCACACAAAGGCAGCCAGCAGUCGUACACAGCAGAGUGGUGUAAAGAGGUCAAAGGGUCGACAUGCCGAGAGCAGAGCCAGACCCACAUCCUCCCAGCAGCCGACUUCUUCAGUAGCACACAACUGUGGUGAUGCGUCCCAGCCCAUCAUCAUCUGUGACACGCCCAGCCCCGCCGUCAGCAUCAUCACCAUCCACAGUGAUACUGAGGACGAGGACGACAGGAAGUUUCCUCCUGAAAGCUGUAGUGUGAACCAGCGUACAAACGUCAUCAGCUGUGUGACUGUCCAUGACUCCCAGGACUCGGACUCAUCCACCAGCACCCCUCUCAGCCCCAAAUGCCUUCCCAACACACACUCCAAGUCUCUAGCCAUGGUCACGCCGUCAGUGAAAAAACAGCGCUGGGAUGGAGCGUCAGGAGAGCAACGUACUAAUAGCUCUGGAAAAUCGAAGAAAGGAACGGCCUCACAGUCCAGCGACCGGCAUCAGAGAGCGGCAUCAAACAGAUCUCAGCCUCUCAACCUGAGCCAGGUACAUCUGUACAGGUCCACUCCGGUUUUUAAACACCACAUGACAUCAGAUUUAAACUUUUGUGGCUUUUAG